UUUUAUAAAACACGGUAAAUGAGAUGAGUGUUUUAAAGAAAAUGUCUUCCUCCCUUCUCACCAUAUUCUUUCUCCUUCUUCCGUUCUUCAUCUUCCUUCUCCUUCUUCAUCCGUUCUGUAAGUUUUUUAUGCUUUUUAUUUUCUAUAUUUCAGGCGAUGGUGUUGAUUGCAAAAUUGGAGGGAAGUCUUUUGGCUCUAUUUCAUGCUCGAUUUGCCUCGAAACAGUUAUUGAUAAUGAGGAUCGGUCGUGGGCUAAAGCUUCAAUGUGGACAUCAAUUUCAUUUGAUAUUUGAGAAGAACCCUACCAAGAUCAAGAAUUAUGGUAUAUGGCUCCGCUACCAAAGUCGUACUGGUUAUCAUAACAUGUACAAGGAAUACCGUGACACUACUCUAAACGGAGUUGUUGAACAGAUGUACAUUGAGAUGGCUUCUCGCUAUAGAGUCCAGUUCCCAUGUAUCCAGAUUUUCAAGACUACAACUAUCCCAGCCAAGCUAUGCAAGAGAGAUAGCACCAAGCAGCUCCACAACUCCAAAAUCCAUUGGUGGUCAAGAAGGUGAGGCCGCCUACCAGGAAGUUGAAGACCACUUACAAGGCAUCAAAGCUUAACUUGUUUAAGUUCUCUCAUUGCAAUAAGAAGGGAGUUAAUAUGGUUUAUAGUUCUAAAAUUUUUAGUACAGAACAUCUGCCAGUUUGUUGAUUGGAUAUUGUUUUUCAUUUGAGAAGCUUAGGCCACAUCUGACUAGUUGAAGUUGAAUUUUCUUUGAUUUACUAUCACAUUUUGUUUACUUCGAUGAGCUGGUUUGCAAUGUGUGAACUUUAUUGGCCAAGGUUUUUGUUUCUCAAAGGCAAUUAGGACACUUUAGUAAAAGAAAUUGAUGGAUUUAUUUCACAAUUUUUCUAAUAAAUUUGAUGGUGUAUCAUUUUUUGGAA